GCUAUGAUGCCACGCACAUCGGAGAAAAAAAUCAUGGACAGAAGUAUGCUCUGCGCAUCAGGUAGAACAUCUCAUUAAUUAAGUGUAAAAUGUGGACGAGUAAGUGUCUGCAUGGAAACCUUUGUCUUUUGUGCCUUCUCACCUGAGGGGAGAUGGGCUAACUGAGGGCGCUUAGCAUCUGUCUCUGCAUUGCAGUCAUUCUCAUUUUGUGCAGCGGUGGGGUGGUGGUGGAGGCUUGGCAGCUGGGCCAAGCUGAGGCCCUCUGGCCAAAGUGAGGGGCCCCAGUCCAGCUAAUAGACAGGAAAUGCCUGACCCCAAGGACAUUGUGCUAUUCUUGACUACAGAGAUUGGAAGGAGUCUCAGACCAGCUCUGGCCAGGGGGGUUGUAAGUUGAUUUCUCAGUUGCCUUGGUUUCUUUUUUCAACUUGGGCUCCCCUCUCCAGGUAAACAAAAAAAGCAGUAAUCACAAGGAAGAAACCAUAUUAUUUCAGCUUCUUCUGUCUGGAGAGUGGUCAGUACUUAGCUGCAGUAAUCUUUUGGCUUUCUCUGUCUGAAAUGAAUGUUCUUCUCCUGCAGCUACUGGGGAGGCUGGCAUUUUGGGUUGGACUGUCUGGGUGUGGGACUGGGAAAGUCAGCCGAGGGGAAGUCAGCUGUCCCCUGGGAUGGGGACACGUUCUCCUUGCUCCCUGCAGAUGGGGUGAGGUGGCUUUCUUUGUUCUUUGGGCUCUUUGUGACGACAGGCUCAUUCAUCCUUGAGGAGGCAGGACUCUGAUGGCUGUAUCUCCUGAGAGGCUAGUUGACUGUUUACCCAGUUGGUGCUGAAGGACUGACAAAUGAUUAACCCCCUGGAAUCCCUGGUUAGCCCCCCCAGUUAUGGUCAUGAGUUCAGCCUUUGGAACCACAGACUUAAAUUGUUUUCCAGCCUUCUACCCAGUCGGGUGGCUGGGCCCGGCCUCUGUUAUGGAAACCCUCCCUUGGGAGAGCCUGGUGCGCAGGGGGCGUGGGAAGUGAGGGAGGCAGCCUCGGCCUGUGGCUGGGAGGCGGGGAGGUAAGGCAGGGGCCCCGCCAAAGGACUGGGGGACAGGAAAGGAGCUGCGGCCCCAGGAGGCGGAGAGGGAGCCGCUCCUGGCCCGCCGCCUGGCCGCUUCCUUCCCCUGACAUGACAGCCCUGCCGGCCUGGCUGGCGGCCACCUGGCUGUGGCCGUGGCACAUGACUCCCCCGCCCCGCCGCCGGGGAGGGGUGCGGAGAGGUUUGCGCUCUGGCUGCCCGCUCCCUGCUGGCCGUCCUGCAGGCUGGGGCUGCCAGGUGGGCCGCUUCUGGUCCCGGUCGGGCGACAUGCCCUAGACCGCUGCCGCUUACUGCUUACGUCCGUCCGGAGGAGCCGGCGGAAUGGGAAAUGAAUAGGAAAUAACGAUGGCGCAGAGCCCAGAGACGCCGGCUGCAGUGCUGACUCUACCUGGGAGCAAUGUCACCUGGAGCUCCAUUUGCUGAGCCUCCGCUUUCUUCCUACAUGCAACUGGGGAUCCUGGGUUACCUUCCUUGCCUGUUCCUCCCAGAUGGAACAAGAAGACCAGCAGGGUGUGUGUGAAACCCCAGACUCAGAAGACAAAGGGAUGGGCUCCGAUUUUGAGAACUCUGAAGACAAGGAAGGGGACCCGGAAGAGAGAGGAAUGGGCUCCAACUCACAGGACACAGACAAGAGAGGUGGCCAGCCAGAGCAGAUGAGCUCCGACCCACAGGACGAAGCUACAAGAGGGGACUCAGAGGAGCGGGAACUGGUGUCUGACAUCUGCACAGAGGGGCUGCUGAGUGACGAAGAAGGGAUGGCUUUCCGUGAAGAUGAGGAUGACCAGUCUGCUGUAGCUGAGGUGGCCAUGUUCCCAGGACUGUCCGAGUCCGACAGCAUAUCCCGGAGCCCCGGAGAAGAGGAGGAGGAGGAGGAGAGCGCCGGAGAGAACCGGCUCGCGGAGGAAGAGCAGCCUCCCCCGCCCGCGCUUCCCUGGAGGCGGCACCUCUCCCUGGGCAGUCGGCACCGGGGGGACAAGCCGGCCCACCGCCGCUUCCGCCGCCUCCACCACCCCAUGGCCAUGGACCUCGGAGAGUUGGACAACCUGAUGGCCAGCAUCAUGGACGCGCCCACCAUCUGCCCGGACUGCGGGGAGAGCUUCAGCCCAGGCGCCGCCUUCCUGCAGCACCAGCGCAUCCACCGCCUGGCGGAGGCGGCCGCGGCGGCCGGCCUGGAGCCCUUCGGCCAGUGCGGCGCGGUGGUGGGCGUGGCCGGGGACUUCGGGGCGGGGCCUGCGCUGGCCCGGCCCCCGCGCGAGAAGCCCUUCCACUGCGGCGAGUGCGGCAAGGGCUUCAGCCGCAACACCUACCUGACCAACCACCUGCGCCUGCACACGGGCGAGCGGCCCAACCUGUGCACCGACUGCGGCAAGAGCUUCAGCUGGCGCGCCGACCUGCUCAAGCACCGGCGGCUGCACACGGGCGAGAAGCCCUACCCGUGCCCCGAGUGCGGCGAGGCCUUCAGCCUCAGCUCGCACCUGCUGAGCCACCGGCGCGCGCACGCGGCCGCCAGCGGCGCGGGGCCGGCGGCGCUGCGGCCCUUCGCCUGCGGCGAGUGCGGCAAGGGCUUCGUGCGCCGCUCACACCUCGCCAACCACCAGCGCAUCCACACGGGCGAGAAGCCGCACGGCUGCGGCGAGUGUGGCAAGCGCUUCAGCUGGCGCUCAGACCUGGUGAAGCACCAGCGCGUGCACACGGGCGAGAAGCCCUACAUGUGCUCCGAGUGCGGCGAGACCUUCAGCGUCAGCUCGCACCUCUUCACGCACAAGCGCACGCACUCGGGCGAGCGGCCCUACGUGUGCCGCGAGUGCGGCAAGGGCUUCGGCCGCAACUCGCACCUGGUCAACCACCUGCGCGUGCACACGGGCGAGAAGCCCUUCCGCUGCGGCCAGUGCGAGAAGCGCUUCAGCGACUUCUCCACGCUCACGCAGCACCAGCGCACGCACACGGGCGAGAAGCCCUACACGUGCAUCGAGUGCGGCAAGAGCUUCAUCCAGAGCUCGCACUUGAUCCGGCACCGCCGCAUCCACACCGGCAACAAGCCGCAUAAGUGCGCGGGCUGCGGCAAGGGCUUUCGCUACAAAACGCACCUGGCACAGCACCAGAAGCUGCACCUGUGCUAGGGCUGGGCCCUAGGGAGGCUGCUCCCCCACUCCUGUCCCCCCAGCAUGUGGGGAGUAAUGUCCUGGGGGCAGACCCUAUAGAAAGAAAUGGGAAGGGGCGGGACGGACAAUCUAAGAGUGACUGGGGAGCCUCUUGUUGUUAGGGGGCCCUGAAGGGGAGGGCUGAGUAAGAGUUGUUCUUCUGGGGUGCUAUAUAUGUUGCCUGCCUCCUCCCCAACAAAGAAAUGUUUGGGAGAUGUGUUUGAGCGUGGGGACUUCCUCAGAUACAGGCUGUAGGAGCAGGCACUUUGAGGAUCUUGAGGAAGGGAAGUUGGGGGACGGGGGGUACAGGAUGGCAGGUAAUAGAGUAGGUUGGGCUGUGAUGGCCUGUGGGAAUCAGGAGAGAGUGUGGCUGGAGUGAGGGUUAUGGGGUAAAAUAAAGGGCGGGUGUGAAUAACUAUUGGUCCCACCAGGUGGUAAAGCCAGUGUUUGCCCUGUCCCCUCAUGUCAGCUAUAUUCCUUGGAAAAGUAGAGGAACGUUGUCCGUUCUGUAGGAGAGGAUAUAUUGUAGGCACUUCCCUUCCUUUCUCUGAGCCACAGUUAGCUGCUAUUUUAAGGCAUCCAGGGGAAAGUGAGCAGAAAAGCUACACACCCUUAUUUCAAGGAUGAAAACCUCUGCGGUUUACAAAUUCAUAACUGGUUUUCAGAUCUGGGGAAACCUGGGCCUGUGCCUGGUUCCUGCUGGGUCGAGGUGGUCUGUGUGAAUGAGCAGACUCUGGCCCUCAGUGUCAGGGGUGUGCCAGGCUCCGUGUUUUCUUUCAGGUCUCACUUGGGACCUUUUAAUGUGAAGGAAAAUGGAACAAUCCUAGUUAUGUGUGACUUUCCCUUUCCCAGGUCAGCUGGAUGCUUGUUUCAAGUGAACCUCGGACCAUCAUCAGCAGUUGCCCCAGCAACCUGCUGCAAAAGUCAACUAGCUCAGAAUUUUACUGGCCUUAUGUGAGUAACGCAGGAAAGUGAAAGGUCCCAUGUUGGGGUGCAAAGCCUUCGCUUUGUAUCUGUAUACCCCUCCUCCUUGGUAGCGAUGGAGGAGAUCACCACACCCCCAUCUCCACCCAUAUCGAUGUGGGCUCUGAUCUGACCAGACAUUGCUUUUUCCUGCACAGGGAGGCACAGUAGGAAGCUCCAGGCUUUACACAGGAGGGCACAAGCAGGGAGAAGUGAGAAUGCGAAGUUGCCAAAAGCACAAGCCAUGGAUGUUUUCUGGUGGUUCUAUAAAUGCCAAACUAGCACUUUGAUGUUUGUAAAGUGCUUUAUACUUUUUAAUGAUUGUUAGUUAUUCCUCACACCUCUGUGAGGUAAAUCAGUAUUAUGACCCAUGUCUUAGGGAAGGCCUGGGGACGAGAGUGCAGCAGGCUGUUUUAAGAGAGGCUGAUGACAGCGUGGAUAGGUGUGGUCCGAUCUUUUGUGCUCUCCAGCUCAGCUGCUAGGAAGGCUUACCUGUUGUGAUUUAUAUAAUAAACUAAGAACACUGAAAAUGCGUAUGCUUGAUGGAAAACUUAAGGCUAGUCUAGAAGGUCCAAAGAUGUCCUUGUUGACAAAGCUGGUCUUUGUCACCUAAUUAGGGUGUCCUAGGUGUGUUCCAUUUCUCGUAGGGGGCUAUAGUUAGAUGACUCUUGUAUAGAUUUCAGUUACCUGUGCUGAAAAUCCCUCCCCUAGGUUAGCCUUUAGAAGUUAGAGUUAUGGAAAGCAGUACUGUUUUCCCCAUGAGCGAGUGUUAACCCUGUACUUUUCCUGGAAGCAUCUUCACAAACUGUUGGACACACUUGAAGGAAAAAGAAAAAACCCAACUACAAGCUUGUUUUUACAGUUUAGCAGAUCUGUGGAUGCCAGUAAUUUAUACUUGAUCAGUUCUCUUCUAGCAAAGAGCCUCUUUGGGGACUAUAGAAAAGCAUGUUUUUGUCAUUAUAAAAACACUUUUUAAGAAAAUCCUGAGAAUUCUGGGUUUGUAUCAUGCUUCUUGAUCUUGCCCUCUUAAUCAGUUUACUGCGAUUCACAAAUUCAAAUAGGUUUUUGAAAUAAUAGUUUUUGAAGACACAUUCUUUUUUAUUUGCUUUCAGUUGAGAGUAGUACUAGCAAAGCGAGUGACCUUUAUUUAUUCUGAAUCUUGUAGUCUGAAUACGAAAUGUAUAAGACUCACCUGAAAAUGAUGUAGCCAAUGUGUAUGUAACCUUAUUCCUUUUUUUCAUGCACAUCUACCUCUUCCAGCUGUUUUUAAGUUCUUUCAAGUCUGUGCCUAUGAAAUCUCAUUGAACUUUUUUGAUUACUCAUGAGUUGACUAUCCACACUUUAUGGGUUAUUUUGGCCUUUUGCUGCCAUUAUUAUAUUAUACUGUUGCACAGUGUCGUCUGCAUCCAAUACGUUGUUAUGUAUUAGCAGCUUUGGAGAAAGAGUUCAGUUGAAGCUAAUGUAAAAUAAUUUCGUGGCAGUGGAAAUCUUUGGAUUUCAUUGGCCUCUCAUUCUUUCUGUUACUGUGGAUGAGAGAGUCAACUACUACAUCAGUAGCCCUUCGGCGAGCAAACCCAUUAGCAGAAGGAGACAGUCCAACCAUCAACACCCAUUCUCGUGGUACAUCUAAAAUGUGAUUCCAUUUUUUCUUACAAUUCUUCAGGGAACAUAUCUGCAUUAAGGGAGGUUAAAUGCAUUCAGGAGAUGGUUUCUUGUAUUUAGUUUUAGAAUAAUAGUAUUUCUAAAGCAAACCCUGUUAACUGUGGUUCACUUUUAAAAAUGUUACUCUGAAGACUCCUUCCACCAGCUCAAUGAUAGUGGAGGCAAGUGUAUCAUUUGUUUCCUGGGAGUUCGGUCAAGUGCAGGCUGCCCUUCACUGAGUGAAACCUGGGGCAGAUUAAAGAGGUUAAAUGGCUUAAAUCUUGAGCUCCGAGUCGGAAGGAGAUGACAAGCUAACCCCUUGAGCCAUGUGGUCUCUUCAAGAUCAAGAGGCUGUCCAUAUGUGAAAAAGUACAAAUGAAGAACCUGUGUUUCAUAGACAAUCGGAACUGCGUUUCUGGCGUCUGUGCCCAUUCUCCUUCACUGUAAUGUUCUUUGACAGCUGUUUGUUAAAAUCGUGAAUAAUUUAAUGAUCCUGAGAUUAACAGGUUUCGUGUGAAUGUGUGCUUGUGUGUGUGAGAAUUGCCUUCUUUUCAGGCUGUUUUAUUUAAUAAUGGUUCCCUGGACAGCAUCCUAGUGUUCAGCAACCACUAUGAAAUAUUUGUCAUUAAAUCCUUAUCAGUCUUUUACCA